AUGAGCAGUAAGCUCGAGUACCUGGAGAAAUAUUCGGUAGCACCUUCGCCCAGCAGAGAUUACUACGGGCUGAGAGUAUCCGAAGACCAGGUGACACUCUAUCUCUGGCGAAUCUCGCACGGUCCUCAUAAAACGCCCCUCGUAAGAACCUCCGAUUUCGACGAUUUCAACCAGGACCGUCAGCUGCAGGAAGAAAUUCGACGUAUUUUCGGUGAAUAUUUACUAAAGCACGUGAAAAACAUCGUUUCUGGGAAUAAUAACUUACUGACUCUACCAAAGUGUCUCAUCGAAAGAUUGAUUAGAUAUUUAAAGGUGCAAGAUAUCGCCAAAUUAUUAUCUCUGUCGCACGUCUCUAAGGAGAUUUUCGACGACAAUUUCGUGUGGGCAGCAUUGCACAAAAAGUACAAACAACGAACGAGGAACAGGUACGAGGAAUUCUACACUCCUACGUAUAAUUGGAAACAAUUAUUUCAAUUGAGACACAUGCAAGGAUUAAUGAACGAGCAGAAAAUGCUUCGAAAUCGUCCAACCGCGAAGCAAACGAAGGCAAACACGAAAUUGGAGAAUUUGUUGAAAGCAAAUCUGAAGAUAGAGAAUUUAGGAAGAUCUGAUCAAAGAAUUGAAAAUUUAACGAGGACCUUCAAUUCGAGCUUCAAAGCAGCGACAAAAAGUAUUCUACCGGAAAAUCAGGUAUCGAAAAAGUCCACAGAUGUUUCUCGUAGAAGGAACGCUCAAAAUCCUGUUCCGAAGAAGUCGUCUGAUCGUCUCGAGGAAGUUACGAACGAAAAGGAGAAAGUAUCUUCAGAGAAGAAAACUCUGCUCGGUAGAUCUCUUCAAACCGGACAGAAGAGUAUAAAAGCACCGAAGGAGCAGUCGAUCGCUUCAAAAAACGACUCGAAACGUGAAACAGAUAAAGACACAACUGGAAACAAAACUGCGGAAACGAAGUCGAACAAAAUUGCGACUAAAACGAAGAAAAUCGACACCAAGUCUAGCAACAUGAGCCUCAAAACGACGGAAGAAAAAUCGAGCACAAAAUCGAAAAAUGCGCCAAAGGUCAACAAAUCCGAGAAACCGGUAUCGCGUCUCGCUCAAGGCGACCAAACGAGGCCAAAAAUGAAAGGAAAAUCGAAGAAAAUCGGUCAGAGUAAAUCCACGAUUUUGAGCACGAACACAGCUUUUCUGAGCGAUCAUUCCGCCGUCAGAGACGACAGCUUCGAUCUGGCGGAUUUGAUCGAGGCAAGCUUGAAGAACAUCCGCAGUCCGCGAAGCAUAUUCGAUUACAGCUUCAGUUGCAUCGAGAAAUCGAAAUCCUGCGGCGGUGACACGAAGCUGCAGGAUGUCACUCGAAAAAUGGCGGAUCAUCCGAGGGCGCUGAAGAGCGGCCACAUCAAAGCGAGUCUGGAUCGAUUAUCGGAGAAAUCCGAACCUCUCACCGCGAAAUCGAUCGAUUCUGUGGGGAACGGUGGAGCUUCCGCCACGCCAAAAUGUGGGAAAACGUCGAACGCCGAUUCGAAAAUAUCGACGGCGGAGUCGAGUAAAAAUCGGUGCAAAAUUGUGAUACCGGAAGGUAAGGUAGAUCACUUCGAGCGAUACGGGAUUUACAAUAAAUAUCCGACACCGAGGAUGCAGGACAACGUCGAGCAGAAGAAAUCUACUCCUCGAAAGGAAAUUGACAGGAUGAGCGUGUUACGAUCUUUCGGAUCGAAAGUGUCGCGUGGUAAGUGUGUCAAUCCUGGUGCAACCGCUGACGUAAAUCGACAGGAGGCGAGGAAAACGGUCGAUAGCGUGUACAAAUAUUUAUAA